AUGGAUUAUUCUACCAAUUUUACCAAUACAUAUUUAACACUGGAAGGGCAUGUGGAUUUAGAGCAUUACAGAUAUGUUUAUUUUAUGUUUACUCUUAUUGCCUAUAUAAUGAUUAUCUGCUUUAACUCUGUUAUCAUUUCUGUCAUAUUCAGAAACAAACACCUCCAUGAGCCUAUGUACAUUUUUAUUGCUGCUUUGCUUUGUAAUGCUCUCUUUGGUGCGACGGCUCUUUAUCCUAAACUGCUCAUUGAUUUACUAUCUGAAAAACAAACUGUGUAUUAUAAAGAUUGUUUGCUUCAGGCAUUUUGUCUGUACACAUAUGGUGCAUCAGAGUUCACACUGUUAUCAGCUAUGGCCUAUGACAGAUAUGUGUCCAUCUGUAAGCCAUUACAAUAUGCAACUCUUGUGAAAAUGUCCACUGUCAGAAAACUAAUAUUUUUAUCAUGGUUUUUUCCUUCUUGUGAACUUGGUGUUGGUAUUAUUCUAGCAUCCCAACUUCAACUGUGUAAAUUUAAAUUGAACAGAAUAUACUGUGAUAAUUAUUCAGUUGUGAAAUUAAGCUGUAAAGAAACAUCUCUUAAUAACAUAUAUGGACUUUUUAUUUUUAUCAUUGCUGUGUUUCCUCCAGUGAUCUUUAUCAUUUAUUCGUAUGUCUGUAUACUCACUGUGUGCUUAAAAAAUUCUAAAGAUUUUAGAAGAAAAGCAUUACGGACCUGUUUACCACAUCUGCUCAUUUUCAUCAAUUUUUCUGUCAACAUGUGUUUUGAAAUUAUAAAUAACAGACUUGAAUCAAAACAAAUUCCUCACAUUAUUACCAUGAUCCUGUCAGUUGAAUAUGUACUCAUUCCCCCUUUGUUUAACCCUAUAAUAUAUGGAUUAAAACUACAGGAGAUUAAUAAUAAUAUUAAGAACAUGUUGUUCCAAGGAAAGAUUAUUUACAAUCAAACAGUUUUACAGAAGUAA